AGCCCUGCGUCUCAGAGAUGCUGCCGCUGCUGCUGUCCCUGCUGUGGGCAGGGUCCCUGGCUCAGGACAGCAGAUACCGGCUGGAAGUGCAGCAGUCCGUGACGGUGCAGGAGGGCCUGUGUGUCCGCGUGCCCUGCUCCUUCUACUAUCACUGGGAAUACACGGACAACUCUGCCCCAGUUUUCGGCUACUGGUUCCCGGAAGGGGCCGAUGUGAAGCUGGAUGCCCCUGUGGCCACAAACAACCGACAUCGUAAAGUUCAGAAAGAGACCCAAGGCCGAUUCAACCUCCUAGGGGACCAUGGAAACAAUUGCUCCCUGGACAUCAGAGACGCCAGGAGGAGGGAUCAAGGUUCAUAUUUUUUUCGUGUGGAAAGAGGAACGACAUUAUGGAGUUAUAAGCAUAACACGCUCUCCUUGCAUGUGACGGGGUCCCUGGCUCAGGACAACAGAUACCGGCUGGAAGUGCAGGAGUCCGUGAUGGUGCAGGAGGGCCUGUGUGUCCGCGUGCCCUGCUCCUUCUACUAUCACUGGGAAUACACGGACAACUCUGCCCCAGUUUUCGGCUACUGGUUCCCGGAAGGGGCCGAUGUGAAGCUGGAUGCCCCUGUGGCCACAAACAACCGACAUCGUAAAGUUCAGAAAGAGACCCAAGGCCGAUUCCACCUCCUAGGGGACCAUGGAAACAAUUGCUCCCUGGACAUCAGAGACGCCAGGAGGAGGGAUCAAGGUUCAUAUUUUUUUCGUGUGGAAAGAGGAACGACAUUCUGGAGUUAUAAGCAUAACACGCUCUCCUUGCAUGUGACGGCGAGUAAUGACGUUGACAGCAGAUACCGGCUGGAAGUGCAGGAGUCCGUGACGGUGCAGGAGGGCCUGUGUGUCCGCGUGCCCUGCUCCUUCUACUAUCACUGGAACGGCUGGGACAAUUCUGCCCCAGUUUUCGGCUACUGGUUCAAGGAAGGGGCCAAUGAGAAGCUGGAUGCCCCUGUGGCCACAAACAACCCAGAACGUGAAGUUCAGGAAGAGACCCAAGGCCGAUUCAACCUCCUAGGGGACCAUGGAAACAAUUGCUCCCUGAACAUCAGAGACGCCAGGAGGAGGGAUCAAGGUUCAUAUUUUUUUCGUGUGGAAAGAGGAGAGACAUUAUGGAGUUAUAAGUCUAACAAGCUCUCCUUGCAUGUGACGGCCCUGAACCACACACCCCACAUCCUCAUUCCUGCGACGCUGGAGGCGGGCCGCCCCGGGAACCUGACCUGCUCUGUGCCCUGGGCCUGUGAGCAGGGCGCGCCCCCCAUCUUCUCCUGGACGUCAGCCGCCCUCACCUCCCUGGGCCCCAGGACCCACCUGUCCUCAGUGCUCACCAUCAUCCCACAGCCCCAGGACAAUGGCACCAAUGUCACCUGUCAGGUGAAGUUCCCCACAAACGGUGUGAUCGUGGAGAGGACCAUCCAGCUCAGUGUCACCUGUGCUCCACAGAGCCCAGCAAGAGGUGUGUGCUCAGGGGAUGGCACAGGAAACUCGGGGACCAGGGCAGGAGUGAUUGAGGGGGCCCUUGGGGGAGCUGGUGUCACCACGCUGCUUUUUCUCUGCCUGUGCCUCAUCUUCUUCACAGUGAAGACCUACAGGAAGAGAGCAGCCAGGACUGCAGUGGGUAUGGAGGACAUCCACCCUGUCAUCGGACCAACUUCCCUGGAUCACCGGGAAGAGUCCAAGUUAGAGGAUCCUCCUGACCCCACCAGCUCGGCAGGGGCCACCCCCACCUCGGGGAUGGAGGAAGAGCUGCAUUACGCCUCCCUCAGCUUCCAUGGGAUGCGUCAUCCUCAGGAGAGCGCCCACUCAGAAUACACGGAGAUCAGGACCAAGUGA